AUGCCGCCGAAAUUCGACCCCAACUCGAUUAUCGAGGUCUACGUCCGGGCAACCGGCGGCGAAGUCGGUGCGGCCUCGUCCCUGGCCCCGAAGAUUGGACCCCUGGGCCUGUCCCCCAAGAAGAUUGGUGAGGACAUCGCCAAGGAGACAGCCAAGGAAUGGAAGGGCUUGCGUGUGACCGUCAAGCUGACUGUGCAGAACCGGCAGGCUAAGGUGUCCGUCAUCCCGUCCGCCGCCUCCCUGGUCAUCAAGGCCCUGAAGGAGCCCGUGCGCGACAGGAAGAAGGAGAAGAACAUCGUGCACUCCGGCAACCUGGCGCUCGAGGAUGUGUACGAGAUCGCCCGCAUCAUGCGCGACCGCUCCUGCGCGGCCGGCUUCGCGGGGACCGUCAAGGAGAUCCUGGGCACGUGCGUGUCGGUUGGCUGCCAGGUGGACAACGAGGACCCCCGCGACAUCCAGCAAAAGGUGCGGUAG